AUGCCUUUUAACCCUAACGACCAGCAGCAAGUAGAACGCCGCCGCUUUAUCGGGAAUGAUAUUGUUGUUAUUGUGUUCAAGGCGAGUGAUGAUGAAGAGCAGUUCGAUCUCAGUAGCGUGAGCUCGCGUCAAAACCACAUCAUUUGUAUUGUUCAACCUAUACCAAAUAAUAAUUCGUCCGAAGCUCAAUCAUAUCGCGUAUCCAUUGCGGUCAAAGACGACAUUCAAGACUUUUCACCCCUCGAUUUCCCAGCAGUUCUUCAACGAGACUAUGCUUCGCGCGACCUUCUCCUAUUGAAAUUGAUCUGUGGGGAGCGAGCAGCUUAUGGGGCCAAAGCCUUUGCCACACAAUUACUGCGUACAAGAGCAGCCUUAUUGCAGGAUGUCAUCGAGGCACAUUACUGA